AUGUCUUUUGUCUCCAAACUGGGCGUGUUCGUCCGCGGCCUGGCGACCGCAGCAGAGUCGAAAUUCCCCCACAAGGCCAUCCCGCCAACGUACACGCUAGCCACGCUGCGCGCAUUCCCGUCGCUCGAACCGCACGCCGUGUUCCCCGUCCACAACGCUUUCCUCAACGCUCCAAUAAGAAGAGACGUUCUAUGGCUCGCCGUGGUCAUGGAGCUUGACAACAGACGCGUGGGAGCGUCCAACCCGCCGGGAAGAAGCGACCACAAGUUCUCCAGACACAAACUGCUGCCGCAGAAGGGCUCUGGACGGGCCAGAGUGGGAGAUGCAAACUCGCCGAUCAGAUUCCGUGGAGCAUACGCCUUGGCCCGCACGGCCCCCAACGACUUCAGCACGGACCUGCCCCAGAAGGUCUACGACAUGGCAUACCGGAUCGCAUUGAGCUCGGCCUACAAGGCGGGCAAAUUGUUUGUGGUUGGAGAGCACGAGGCAGUCGGGUCUGAGCUGCUUCCGGGUGACUCGUUCAACCUGGAGCUGACACACAGUCACCCCCGCGCGCUCGACACGUUUGUGGCGAAGCACGGAUUCAGCAAGCUCAACGUGCUAUUCAUUCCUGGAGAAUACGAUCCGGAAGCCAACCUGGCCAAGGCGGUGAGCAGAUACGGCGACAAGGUGCGGAUUUUGCGCAAGGAGGACGUCGAGGUGAGAGACCUGCUCAAGGCGGACCGUCUGGUGGUCGCAAAGGACGCCCUCGUGUACUUUGCUGCCAAGUACACCAAACACAUUUUGUAG